UUUUUCAGGUGGAUCGCCGCAGCUUCAUUCUACCAGAUUGGUCUUCAGAGAGGUGAUCGUGUUGGUAUAUGGGCUCCAAGCGGGACACAAUUCUACCUGUCUACUUUGGCAGCCGCACGAGCAGGAAUGAUUUCCGUCGGAAUCAAUCCGGCCUAUCAGGCCCCAGAGCUGGAAUAUGCCUUGAACAAAGUAGGAGUGAAAGCUCUGAUAGCACCGGAAAGCUAUCGCAGUCAAAAUUAUUACGAUAUGAUUAAUCAGAUCGUUCCUGAAUUGAAAUCUUGUUCUGCUGGAGAGAUCAACAGCUCGAAGGUGCCUUCCCUAUCAGCCGUGAUUAUGGAAAGCGAUCGAGGACAAACACUCACAGGAACCAUACCAUACGAAGAUCUGUUCCAGAUGGCUACAGAAAAAGAUAUUUCUCAUGUGGAAUCACUGCAGAACUCAAUCUCUCCGGACAGUGGCGUAAAUCUCCAGUUCACUUCGGGCACUACGGGGCAACCUAAGGCAGCUCUACUCUCUCACUUCAACUUUAUCAAUAACGUCGUUUCCCUCGGAUUGAAAGGUGGGUUCGAACUAAGUGAACAGCAUCGAGUCUGCAUUCAGGUACCGUUCUUCCACGUUUUCGGAGUGGUCAUUGGAAUACUGGGUUCGAUAACGCACGGAUGCACCCUGGUUGUUCCCGGACCGGGUUUCAAAGCCUCUGCAUCUGCACAGGCGAUUGUUAAUGAAAGAUGCAACGUAAUCUACGGUACUCCCACCAUGUACGUGGACCUUGUGAGUGAAGUUAGAAAAAGCGACAUCAAACUUCCUCCGAUCAAGUUGGCCGUCACGGGAGGAGCACCCUGUUCACCGCAGUUGUUCACGGACAUCCAAGGAACGCUCGGUGUGGAGCAAGUCAAGACGAUCUACGGGCUCACGGAAACGACCGCAAUGUGCUUUCAUUCGUUUCGGGAAGAGUCUCAGGAGAACAUUCGCGCCACGGUCGGUCAUCUGGGUGAUCACUGGGAAGCGAAGGUGGUUGAUGGGGAAGGUAAACUGGUGCCGUACGGAACUCCCGGGGAAUUGUGCAUUCGUGGUUACGGGACCAUGCUCGGCUACUGGGAGGAUGAGACGAAGACCAGGGAGACGAUCGGUGCCGAUAAAUGGUUGAAGACCGGAGAUCAGUUUGUGCUGAGGGAGGAUGGCUACGGGCAGAUCGUUGGUCGGAUUAAGGAGGUGGUCAUAAGGGGAGGGGAGAAUGUAUAUCCAAAGGAGAUCGAGGAUUUCCUGAGUACGCAUCCGGAUGUGUUGGAGGUGCACUGCGUUGGAGUUCCGGACGAAAGGAUGGGAGAGGAAGUUUGUGCCUUUGUUCGGUUGAAUGAUGGCGGGAAGCAGUUGGAUCGAGCUGGUGUAAAGGAGUUUUGCACGGGAAAACUUGCUCAUUUUAAGGUUCCAAAAUAUGUGGAAGUUGUUGAGGAUUUUCCGAAAACAACGUCCGGGAAGAUACAGAAGUUUAAGUUGGUUGAACGUUUUAUGAGAAAUAAAGUAUAACGAUCG